AUGGGUCAGAGACUAAGUGACCCUGUCCCUGAAGUAUCCCAUAGGGAGAAACCAAAGGAGACACAGGAACAUAAAGAUAAACCCAAGGAGAAGAGGAUCCCUCAAGCCCUGACCUUUCUUCAGCUGUUUACACUGCUGAGCUGCGUCAAGGUGAAGAAAACACCCUUUGAUCCCUCCCAGAGUGGUGAUGGGAGAAAGGGAACAACGAUAAACGAUACAAACAACAAUAAUGACUCUGAUACUGGAUCAAGGACAAGAGUAAAGGAAAGGUUGGGGGAGAGAAACAUAGCAUUGAAUCUCAGGACCACAAAUGCAGAACGACACAGGAAAAAGAAAAAGAAAACGACAUUAAACAAAGACCUAACUCGGUCUCCCCUGAGGAGCAAGCAAAGAAGACGCAGCAGAAAGAGAAGAAGAAGAGCAUCCAUCCAGCUGUGGCGGCCCUGCAGCUGUUCACUCUUCUGCUGUGGUGGGAAAGUCAAGCUGAGGAAGUCUCGUCCCUCUCAGAACAGACAGAGUAGAAAGGACCAGGACAAAGAUAAUGCAUCUGAUACUGGUUCAGACUUGUCUGGAGGUGACGUUACAACCAAAAGGGUCAAGGACAAGAUUAAUGGAAAGGUGGGGAGGGAGAAAGACCAGACUAUAGUUCAGCUGUUGAAAUCAUCUCAGGACCACGAACCCGAAAAUCGAAGGACACGCCGGCAAGUGAAGACCCCUGUGGAGGAAAUUAACAUAAGACCUGACUCUCCGACUCUACCACGUGCCCACAGCUCCCUCUCUCAGUUUUCCCUGGCUCGGAACCUGGCCAUCCUCCCGCUGGACUGGCAGCUACCCGGAGUCCCUCUGCCCACCUCGUCUAUGGCAACUAGGACAGAGAGAAUGCCAUCCUCUACCAACACUUCGACACAUGAGCAGAUGGAAACACAGACAUCAGAUAUGAACACAGACACACGGACCACUUCUACCUCUCAGAGCCAGAUCUCUAUGGUCUCAUCGGAGACCAUGAUAGAUCUUCACACGUCAGACUCCAUUGCCCAGACCUCCACUCUUGACAUGGCACUGACCCCUGAGAGCACUAAGGACAUGAUCACUACUGAUGAGGAUGUGAAGGAUGACUCUGCUAAAGAUUUGAUCUCCACCCUAACAGACACCUCUAUGAAGAAAUCCAUCAUUGAGACCAGCCUGGAAGACCUCAUCGCUGAGUAUGAAGAUGACAAUGAGCUGAAGGAUAUGGUUGCCUCCGCUACCCCUGCUACUGAUAAUGCCAAUGAGGAUGCAAUGCUGCUGGAGAUUGCAGCACUUUUUGACUGAUUACAUGUUGACAGUGGAGACCGAGCUGCCUCUGCAUCUCUGAAGAGCCAAUAGGCCUAAUGAACAUUUCAAUGUAGCAAAAGCUAUACUUUGAUCAAUUAAUAAAGCAUUUUUUCUGCAGC